AUGGCCGCAAAUAUUCAAGUCAUGCAAGACAUUCUUUUGCGAACUCAAGGGCAAUUUGGCACUGUUGGGACCGCAACUUUGAUUGGUCGGCGACCAGCUCAUGGCCCUCAUUUGUCGGAAAUCUGUGUCGUCAAAUUGGAUAGAGACUCGGAGCUGAGCGUUGCCAGAGGAUUUGAGCUUUGGAUUUGCUUGGUGCCGGCAAACCGAAUUCAGAAGGCCAGGAGGGAGCUAUGGCUCGUUUUACACCGUGCUAAGCAAAGAGGUUGGACAUUUGUCGGCAGCAAAAGUCGUCGGCAGUUUGUCGAUUCACGCAAUCCCGGCGGUAUUUCUGGCCUUCAAGAGCAUGAAUUCAAGCAACCUCCAGCUGUUCUUGGAUUAAGCUUCGUGACAAAGCAUCACGCGACUGUCACGCGACUUGUUACGCAAAUUGCCGAAGAUGGUACUGGUGGCUUCAGGAUUGGGGAGACUGGCUAG